GGGACGGGCAUGAGAACACGCCCCCUAUGUGCUGCACUUGCAGGAUCCGGGUGAGCCUCCUGCAAUAACAGCAGCAGCAGCAGCAGCAGCAGGUGCACUCACAGCUAUCACCUGACGGGUGGCGGAACAUUCCCAUCCACCACCUCAAGACAUGGAGCAGAUGGGUACUUCACCAAGAUGCUCCCCAUGUCUUAGGGGAAGGAAAGGAUUCAAAACUUCCAAGAAGUCCUCACCAUCCCAUUUAGUCAGCGAGCCUGAAGAAAUGAUGGGAAAAGCAGAGGAACUCUUCCAAUUGUGUGAUAAGGAGGAAAAAGGGUUAAUAACCAAACGAGAUUUGCAGAGGCUACAGAAUGAACUUCCUCUCACCCCAGACCAAUUGGAAGCUGUAUUCGACAGCCUUGACCAGAGCAAUAAUGGAUACCUCACUCCUGUGGAGUUCAGCAUGGGCCUCGGAAAGUUACUAGGGGUUGAUAUAACAAAUGGAGAGGAGGAUGGAGAGAGACAAGUAAUGGAAGAAAUGUUUGAGUCUGGAUGGUCAGAUGAAGAUGAGGAUGAUACAGAGGAAAUGCUGUUCUGUUCCACUAUGGAGCAGUUGGGGGCCACACGUGUAUUCCAAGAACACAGAGAGAUUCGCGAUCUGUGGAUCCGUCUGCGCAAAGAGAGACCUGAGUUAUUAGGAAACUUUGAGGAAUUUCUCUUCCAUGUUUCCUCGUACAUCCGAGACGUGCAUCAUGAAAAGGAGACUUUGGAGCAGGCUUUAAAAAGAAAGGAGACUGAUCACGGGAGAGAGGUCAGGUGUCUAUAUGAGGAGAUGGAGCAGCAGAUCAAAUUAGAGCGAGAGCGUAUCCUCAGGAAGGACACCACAAAACAGCAGCACAGACACACAGCUCUGCAGAGGGAGCUGAUGAAGAAAGAACAAGAAUUGGACGGCAUUGCUCUGCGGCAGAGACAGUUGGAGCAUCAGCUACACUCUAUAAACAGUGAGCAACUAGAGACACGAGUCCAAAACGAUCGCUUGAAGCAGCUCAAUGAGGACUUGCUUGAGCAGCUCGAGAGGACCAAAGGAGACCUGAAACAUGCACAAGACAAUCUACUGGGACUUCGGAAGCAAGAGCAAGAGGAGCAGGAGCGCAAGAGGAGAGAUGUGUAUAAAGUCUCACGGAACAUGCAGAAGGAGAAGCAGAGUCUCCUGCGGCAACUGGAGCUGCUCAGGGACAUGAACAAAAAGCUUCGGGAUGAGAAAGAUGUGUUUGAGGCAAAGAAACUGGAUACCCUUAAGAAGAGUCUCACAGACCCUAUCCUGGUGCCAGGAUGCUGCUGCUGCUCGAGUUAUGCAGGCAGCCUGCACUGUGAUCCCAGGCAGUGACCACUGGGUGGGGGUGUUACAGGGGUUAGCAGUGUGUACUAUAGGUGUAGCAUAUUUUAGCUAUAUAUAGAUGUGAAUUUGUAUAUACUUGUGUAUAUAAUUCUUUUAUGUAUGUAUCUGUGUCCACACAGUAUCUCCAUGUACAUGGAGGUGUGGUAUAAAUAUUGGUGUGCUUAUAUAUCUUUAGGUCAAAGCUACAGCCUAGCCCUAGAGUCUAGACACACGCUGUCAGGUACAGAACAAUGUAUGAGAGGGUCUAGGCAGAGGGAGUCUGUAUACGCAAACCAACUUUACCUCAGAGUCCUACAGAAAACUGUGCUUCCGCAACAAGUGAGGUUUAGAAGUAAUAAUGUAAAUGAAAACAUCGCUUUUAAUGAUAA